UGUGCCUCCAAUUUGAAGUUGCUUCAGAAGCAAUCUAUAUACAUUAAGCCAAAUAUUGAACUGGCCGACCAUGUGGAGGCUAAAGAUCUCAGAGGGAGGAGGCCAAAGAAUUGUGUGGUUAAUGUAUAGAAACGAGGACGGCGGCUGGGGCUUCAACGUUUUGGACGAGAGUGCCAUGUUUGGCACAUGCUUAAACUACGUCACCUUGAGGCUGCUCGGACAAGUGCAAAAGGACGAGAAUGAUGGACUAGCGAAAGGUCGCUCGUGGAUCUUAUCCCAUGGCACUGCAACUGCAGCGCCCCAAUGGGCAAAGAUAUUACUCUCGGUCCUUGGUGUAUAUGAUUGGUCCGGAAAUCGUCCAGUGAUCCCUGAACUUUGUUUAGUCCCACGGUUUCUCCCAAUUCAUCCAGAUGUUGAGCCAUCGGAGGAGUUCGAGGAGCCACCUUCCACAGGACAGUUUGAGCAGCAGGAGAACUUUGUUCCCGGUGACAUGGAGGAGUACACUCAGAGCUUCCAGGACUUCGAGGACUUCUAG